GUUCAGUAGUACAGGCUGUGUGUGCUAGACAGCUAGAGUGAGGCUGCAGUGAAACGACGGACUUUAGGACCCGGUCUUUUAGAGAGUCAGCAGUGGCGUCAUUCGCGGAGUGAUCACACGCGCAGGCUGAGGGCGAUGGCUCAAAAAGCAGGACGGCGGUAUGUCCGAGCUUUUGUCAGCGGCUUUUUUGUAGCAGUUCCUGUGACUGUGACGGUUUUGGACCGGCUUGCUUAUGUGGCUCGGGUGGACGGUGCAUCCAUGCAGCCCUCGCUGAACCCGGAGGGAGCCUCAGCGCCUGAUGUUGUGCUUCUCAACCGCUGGAGUGUGAGGAACUAUCAGGUGCAGCGCGGGGAUAUCGUGUCAGUUGUGUCUCCAAAGAACCCAAAACAGAAGAUCAUUAAGCGAGUUAUUGCUCUUGAGGGAGACUUUAUCAAGACUCUGGGCUAUAAAAACCGUUACCUAAGGGUUCCAGGUGGACACCUGUGGAUCGAGGGCGAUCAUCACGGUCACAGCUUCGACAGCAACACAUUUGGACCGGUCUCUCUCGGCCUCAUCCAUGGUAAAGCAUCUCACAUUAUCUGGCCCCCAAACCGGUGGCAGAAGAUUAAACCAUCUGUUCCUCCUGACCGCAGACCUAUGCUGAACUGGGGAGAAUCAACAGAAGAGGAAGACGAUGAUGAAGAAAAAUGACCACACAACCCCAGUAUCGUCCUGUACAGGCCGUGCUGUCGUGGACUCAGCUAAGGACAUGUGAGCUGGAUAAAAGCAGAAAGCCAUAAUCAGCAUUUGUGGAAUAGUUUUUUUUACAAUCUGUUGUUUGUGAAGAAAUGAGCUAAUGAAAUUCAUGGUAAUUGAAAGCAUUCCUGUGAUAAAAUCUCUGAGUUUUAGUUAUGUUCUGUAGUUUUUUUUUAUUUGUAGAAAAAUAAAGGACACAGAUGCAUCCAUUUUA